AUGGUCGUAUCGAUACGCCUGCCCGAGAGCAACGGUACCUACUCCCGAAAACGCCGAUACAGCACACGCUUUUCGCGGAAGCUCCUGGUUGUCGCAGUUACUCUGCUGUUUGUGCUCCUUUUCUGGCUGCUUGGUGGGGAUGCGACGGACGACGAUGACGAGCCAAUCGCGUGGGAUCUGGGUGAAGUGAAGAGCGGGUUGACAAGUUUGGUUAUUGUGACUUGUCAUGCGGUGUGGUUGGGCGGGAAAGCUGCUGGAGAGGAUGAGAGCGAGUGGGCUAUCAAUGAUUUCCAGAAGGGCGAGACUAGAACAUUUAUUAAGCAUAUCGAGGCCGGAGUUUCAAUUGCGUUGCAGAAUCCGGAGACUCUGCUUGUUUUCUCGGGCGGCGAAACCAAAGCUUCAACAGGCCCCAGAAGUGAGGGUAGCAGCUAUUUUAAUUUAGCUGCAGCCCGCGACCUCAUACCAGCGGACCUCCUUGCACGAACCACCACCGAGGAAAGCGCAAUGGACUCGUAUCAGAACGUGCUCUUUUCAAUCAGCCGCUUCCACGAAGUAACAGGGACCUACCCCAAAACCAUAAUCGUCAUAUCCCAUGAAUUCAAGCGCGAAAGAUUCCAGAGGUUCCACCGGGAAGCUAUACAGUUCCCAGAAGAGGCGUUUACUUUCGUUGGGAUUGAUCCAGACUGGGCGGACGAAACCAACACUAACAAGGCCUCGAUUUUGGAACACGAGGAGUCAACUAGGGCUGCUUGGGGGGUUGACCUGUAUGCAUGCGUCGAGGACGACGAGUUGCGUGAGAAGAGAAGGGGCAGAAAUCCGAUGAGGAGGUAUAAUGCAUAUUCAAUUAGCUGCCCAGAGCUUGUGGGGCUGUUUAGAUGGUGCGGGCUCGACGAAGGUACCGGAAUAACGACGAGGCUUUAUCCGGGAAAACUGCCGUGGUUGGACUGA